UUCUCUCCCUGCGCGUUUGGAAAUUCAAAGUGAAAGGACGCGUCGAACUGUUAAGACAGUGCAGAGAAUAUUGAACUGUUUGGCAUGGGUGAAUUGAGCGCAGAGAAGCUGCUGGAGCUGGCGAGAGAGUAUCCGGCUCGGUAUUAUCAGUUUGAGCAGCUGAACAUAUUUCUAACCUCGGAUCCGGUAGCCAAUCCACUGUUUCUAUCCGUGACUGGCCAACUAUCGUCGGGGAAGACAUGUGUGCUGAAACGGUUCUUUAGGGAUACAGGGUACUCCCACUCCUGGAUCUCCGUCGACGAGUGUCUGAGCACACGAGUAGUUCUACAGCGAAUAACCGCCUCCCUGCGCGCCCUGAAACGGCGACCGACGACAACACAACUAAUAGAAGCCAACGACGUCGAGCCGAGCGCGUCUGACUACGGCGUGGCGUGUGGAUCGUUUGCGGCGUUCGUGGAGCAGGUCGAUGGGAUACUUGCCGAGCUGCGGUCUGAGCAGGCGCAUUUCGUCGUCUUGGAUAGGAUCGAUCAGAUGGGGGAGCCUGUUGAGGCGCUGUAUCAGUUUCUUACAAAAGUGGGCGAGAUGCUUCACCACGUUAACCUGACAUUUAUCCUCGUCAGCUCAGCAGGUAGCGAUCCCCGCAAAUCGCAAACGACUACAUACCCCCACAUCUUCUUCACCCCCUACACAAAACAAGAGACCACCGCCAUCCUCUGCUCCGAGCCACUCCCCCGGAUCCGCAAACUCCUUCCCCGCCGCGGGACGACCGCAUUCGCAAUCGAAGACGAGAAACUGUUCUCGCUCUGGGCUACGUACUGCCAGAUCAUCGUCGACACAUACUUCCCGCUCUACGGGCCCGACAUUGCGCAAUUCAAAGCCGUGAUGCGCAAGGCGUUUGCAAUCUACGCAAAGCCCGUUGUCGAGGGAGCCGUCGCCGUACCCGCGAGUUUAAACUCGGGCUGGUUCGAUCUGUAUCGACUGCAUCGGCCGCUGCUCUCGUCCGAGGAGUUGAUUUCAAAUUCCCUCUUUUUGCGCGUUCGCGGCAGCGGGGAGUCGGUGCAGCAGAAUGGGUACCACGAUAUGCCGAUUCUGUCAAAGUACCUGCUGUGCGCGGCAUACCUGGCCUCGUACAACAAGCCGAGACACGACGUCAAGCUGUUUUCGCGGAUCCGGAUUAUGCGAAAGCGGCCGCGGAACUCGUUUCACACUAAAUACAAGGAUAAGAUCAAUACGAGGAUAUUGGCGCCGUCGGCGUUUGAGUAUGAGCGAUUGCUGGCGAUUUUGAAGUGUAUCGUGCCAGAGCAGUAUGAUUCGACUAUAGAUAUCCAGACCCAGUUCGCGACCCUUGUCUCGCUGAAGAUGAUUGUGCGAUCAGGAGGCAUGGCGAGCGUGAGUCACCUUUCCGAUAUGCUCGAGUCGAAGAGUAGAUGGGCGGUUAAUGUAGCGUGGGACGUCGUGGUUGAGAUAUCGAGAGAGAUCAGGUUGCAGAUGGAUGGGUAUCUGAUGGACUAGCGGUGCUGCCGAAUUGAGUCAAGGGAUGGGCAGGGUUACAGAGAAGAUACAAUGACGAACGAUGAUUCUUGAUUAUCUUUUUAUGUGGGGAAUGCUGGUUAGUCCGUGACUUUUAUCGCGGGUGCUGUGGUGUGAGUCGAGUGCAUUGCGCGCGCAUGCGACGACUUCCGUCUUCCCCCGCAUGAGCACCAAGGUCAUCUACGACACCCGACUCAACCAGCUCUCCUUCUGUUUAUCAAUAACCUCUUCACACUACAAUAUCCCCAAACCAAACAGAAAUAAAAACAUGCUCUAG